CUACUCAACGGCGCUCAAAACCCUCAUCUCCGUGUCUACUGUGAUACUACUCGGCCUUAUUGUCGCCUACCACGCCCUCGAAGUUCAGCUUUUCAUGAUCGAUAACUGCGCAGACGAUUGGAGGAUAGCGAUGACCUGGCAGCGGAUGGCCCAGAUCGGCGCUGAGCUGGCGAUCUGCGCGGUCCACCCGAUCCCCGGGGAGUACUACUUCCUCUGGACGACGAAGCUGGCCAACAAGGGCGGGGAAGUGGGCCGCCAGUGGGUGCCCUACGACGUGGCCCUCUCCCUCCCCAUGUUCCUCAGGCUCUACCUCAUCUGCAGGGUCAUGCUCCUCCACAGCAAGCUCUUCACCGACGCCUCUUCCAGGAGUAUAGGUGCUCUCAACAGGAUUAAUUUUAAUACCAGGUUUGUGCUCAAGACAUUAAUGACGAUAUGCCCUGGCACAGUCCUCUUAGUUUUCAUGGUAUCGUUGUGGAUCAUCGCAAGCUGGACGCUAAGGCAAUGCGAAAGGUAUUCCAAAUAA